GGCACCACAGCGGGGGCCCUCUUGUCAGAUGGGAGUUGGGGGUGCUGUCUGCUGUGUGAGGCCUGAACAACAGGUGCACCGUGGCCUGGUGGGGGGGAAGGAGGCCUGGGAGUGAGGAGUUCUGGCCCUGCCUCGACCUCACCGGCACUUUCCCCGAGUGAGCCUCAGGUCCUCAUCUGUAAAAUGGGGCUAAUUACCUGCCCUGCCUAUCUUCCAACAGGGGCGUAAGUGGCACUAUGGGAGAUGUACCUGCCCCGAAGAUUGGGCCAAAGGGACUUGAGACUGAUCCGAGAGGCUCCCCUGGACCUAUGGGACUGAACUACGCCACCGCCGUCGUGUUGUUUUGAGAAGGAAGAGGCCCCACAGAAGGGACUCGCUGAGCCAGCCCCCGCUCUGCUCCAUGUUGACUGUGCCCUCAGGCUGGCGCCAUGCCCCCCCCAGCAGAGGUGACGGACCCGUCCCAUGCUCCCGCCGUCUUGCGCCAGCUCAACGAGCAGCGGCUCCGUGGCCUCUUCUGUGACGUCACCCUCAUAGCUGGAGACACCAAGUUCCCCGCGCACCGCAGUGUCCUGGCCGCGUCUAGUCCUUUCUUCAGAGAGGCUCUGCUUGCUUCGGCUCCGCUGCCCCUCCCACCAGUGACUGGGGGCCCUGCCCCCAACCCGGCCACCACCACAGCUGCCUCUUCCUCCUCCUCCUCCUCCUCCUCGUCCUCCUCUUCUUCCUCUUCCUCCUCGUCUUCUUCCUCUUCCUCGUCUUCUCCCCCUCCGGCCUCACCCCCCACUUCCUCCCCACCCCGGGUCCUGGAGCUGCCGGGGGUCCCGGCCGCCGCCUUCUCUGAUGUCCUCAACUUCAUCUAUAGCGCCCGGCUCGCACUCCCAGGCGGCGGAGGGGACGGGGCAGCCGUGGCAGAGAUCGGGGCUCUGGGGCGGCGUCUGGGCAUCUCCCGCCUGCAGGGCCUGGGGGAGGGAGGCGAUGCCUGGGUACCUCCUGCCCCAGCCCCCAUGGCCAGCUCGCAGCCUGAAGACGACAGCUUCGGGCCCGGGCCUAGGCCGGCAGGGGACUGGGAGGGCGACAGGGCCGAGGCCCAGGCCUCUGACUCCCAGCCCCCGCUGUCCCGGCGGCCCCUCCCCUGCCCCCGAUGUGGGAAGAGCUUCAUCCAUCCCAAGCGGCUGCAGACCCAUGAGGCUCAGUGCCGACGGGGGGCCGGCCCUCGAGGGCCUGCGGGGCUGGGCUCCGGGGGCUCUGGCCCCAGUGGUCCUGCGGGAGUGGAUGCCUCAGCCCUGCCCCCGCCGGUGGGCUUCCGAGGUGGCCCUGAGCACGUGGUGAAGGUGGUGGGUGGCCACGUGCUGUACGUGUGCGCGGCCUGCGAGCGUUCCUACGUGACCCUGUCCAGCCUGAAGCGGCACAGCAACGUGCACUCCUGGCGGAGGAAGUACCCCUGCCGCUACUGUGAGAAGGUGUUCGCCCUGGCUGAGUACCGAACCAAGCACGAGGUGUGGCACACUGGGGAGCGCAGGUACCAGUGCAUCUUCUGCUGGGAGACCUUUGUCACUUAUUAUAACCUGAAGACCCACCAGCGAGCCUUCCAUGGCAUUAGCCCCGGCCUCUUAGCCAGUGAGAAGACACCCAAUGGAGGCUACAAGCCCAAGCUCAAUACCCUCAAGCUGUACCGCCUGCUCCCCAUGCGGGCAGCCAAGCGGCCCUAUAAGACCUACAGCCAGGGAGCCCCCGAGGCCCCCCUUUCUCCAAGCCUCAACACGCCGGCCCCUGUAGCAAUGCCUGCCAGCCCACCACCCGGCCCCCCACCCGCCCCCCAGCCCGGCCCCCCACCCUCUGUUAUCACUUUUGCCCACCCAGCUCCCUCGGUCAUUGUGCACGGGGGCGGGAGCGGUGGUGGAGCAGGGGGGGGCCCGGCCAGCACCGGGGGAGCCCAGGCUGCCUCGGUCAUCACUUACACCGCUCCCCCGAGGCCCCCCAAAAAACGUGAGUACCCGCCUCCUCCCCCUCAGCCUGCAGCCACACCGACCAGCCCCGCCACGGCGGGCAGCCCGGCCACAGCCGCGGGGCCGGCCACAGCCACGGAGGAGGCCAAGGGCCGGAACCCACGGGCCGGAAGGACACUGACCUACACGGCCAAGCCAGCCGGCGGGAUUGGCGGGGGUGGGGGUCCCCCCGCGGGGCCUGGCCGGGGCCCCUCUCAGCUACAGGCUCCACCUCCACUGUGUCAGAUCACUGUGCGAAUCGGGGAGGAGGCCAUUGUCAAGCGCCGCAUCUCAGAGACUGACCUGCGUCCCGGGGAGCUGAGCGGAGAGGAGGUGGAGGAGAGCGAGGACGACGACGACGACGACGACGAGGACGACGACGACGACGAGGACGACGACGACGACGACGACGAGGAAGCGAGCGCCGGCGGGGAGGACCAGCUCUGGAGGCCCUACUACUCCUACAAGCCCAAGCGCAAGGCCGGAGCCGCGGGCGCGGGCAGCACCGGGGGCAGCGCGCUGCCCAGAGGCCGCCGGCAGCCCCGCUGGAGACAGAAGUCGGAGCGCCGGAGCUGGGAGGACACCCCGGCGGCGGCGGCGGCCGAGGGCCCCGCGGGGCGCGCCCGGGGCGAGCGGAGGCACCGCUGCGGGGACUGCGCCCAGACCUUCGCCACCCUGCGGAAGCUGCGCAAGCACCAGGAGGCGCACGGCGGCGGCGCGCACGGCUCCCGGGCCGGCCGGCGGCCCUCCACCCGCUUCGCCUGCCCUCACUGCGCCAAGGUGUGCAAGACGGCGGCCGCCCUGAGCCGCCACGCGCAGAGGCACGCCGCCGAGCGGCCCGGGGGCACCCCCACGCCCGUCAUCGCCUACUCCAAGGGCAGCGCUGCCACCAGACCCGGGGAUGUCAAGGAGGAGGCCCCCCAGGAGAUGCAAGUCUCCUCUUCCAGCGGGGAGGCAGGGGGCGGGGGCGCGGCCGCGGAGGAAGCUUCCGAGACCGCGUCUCUCCAGGACCCUGUCAUCUCCGGGGGUGAGGAGCCCCCGCUGGUGGCAGGAGGGGGCACCUAUGCCUAUCCGCCCGUGCAGGAAUUUCCACUGGCUCUGAUCGGGAGCGGCAGGGAACCUAGUGGUGGGAGGGGCAAAGCGGGGAGCGAGGGGCCGGUGGGGGCCGGGGAGGGGGACCGCGUGGAGGGGAUGGGGGCCGCCAAAGUCACCUUCUACCCCGAGCCCUACCCACUGGUCUAUGGCCCCCAGCUCCUUGCCGCCUACCCUUACAACUUCAGCAACUUGACCGCACUCCCGGUUGCUCUCAACAUGGUCCUACCUGACGAGAAGGGUGGGGGCGCCCUCCCCUUCCUUCCAGGGGUCUUUGGCUACGCAGUCAAUCCUCAAGCAGCACCCCCUACGCCCCCGACUCCACCUCCCCCGACUCUUCCUCCCCCAGUCCCCCCGAAGGGAGAGGGGGAAAGGGCGGGGCUUGAGAGAACCCAGAAGGGAGAUGUGGGGUGAGCUCUGGGCCCACCUCCCCCCUUUCACCAGAUGCCACCCUCCCUGAACCCCCUGCCACUACCAGCUCCCUGGCUUCCCUGCCCCUUGGGAGCCCCUCCACACUCUUGUGCAGGGACUUGGGGGCCCCUGGAGCUCAGGGGUCAGGCUGCUUUGUGUGAGAUUGUAGUUUUCCCGUCUCCUGGGGAGGGAUCUUUGGUUCUCUCGGUUCUCUCGGUUCUCCUCCAGGGAAUGGCCUCCGCGAGGGGCAGGGCCAGCCCCCAUCCCUUCUUCAGCCCUUGGGGCAACUGAGCAAUAUACUUCUAGGAAUCUCUACUCACGGCCCCCACCAGCUCUGAAUGUCUAACCCACCCUCCUGAUUCGUAAACCCGGGGGAGGGGGGGGAACCAUCUCUCUCGCCUAGUGACCUCCCCUCGUUGUGCAGCUUUCUCCAAGCCCCUGCCUAGAUGCUUCCUAGCACAUUCCAUUCUCUGUGGCCCAGGGCCUGGACCAGACCAUUGUGAUAUCCAACACCCACCCAUCUGGGAGCUUGGCUCCAGGUUCCAUUCUUCCCAGGGGUGGGGUUCUGUGUCCCUGUUCCCUUCACGUUAAGACGCCAUGCCUUCUUUGGCUUCCAUGCCUUUGGAUCUUCCACAUUCCUCCUCAUUCUCCUAGACUCUGGAGAUGGCCUCUUCCCAUCCAGGUCAAGGAGGUGUUGGGGGGAGGGCUACCCAUCUGUUCCACGGCUGAGCACUUCCCCAGCCCAGGGCAGCACUAAUCUCAGCCCUAUCUUGACCCUCAAAUCCAGUGAGCCCCAGAUUCUUCUUCCAAGGCAAAGAGGUGAGUAGAUCACACCUCUUCCUGCCUCUACCUAUGGCCUCUUCUGGGCUAAAUCAGAUUUGGGGGCCAGGAGGGAGGAGCUCCAUAUGGGAUGGGGAAGAGAAUCUACUUUCUCCCUGUUUUUUUUGUUUUUUUUUCCUGAUGGUUUCUCCCAGACUAGACCAAAUAGCCAGAAAAGUGAUGGGGGUUGGAUGGGUGGGUAAGCCCAAGAUUUGCACAUGACCUCCCGUCCUUACUUUUACCUCCAUCUUCCCCAGUGUCGCUUCCCUCACCAUUCACUCCAGGUGGUUUUUGGGGAACCAUCCUACUCCCUUGGUGGGCUUUGGGGUAUCCCCACCAAUUUUUCCUCCAAAAUAGCACCUUACACCCCAUCUUUGACUCAGUUCCCCACACCCAAAGAUCCCAGCCUAGGGAUGGGGUGCAGGGACCCGAAACAGUCCCUAAUCCCUAAUUUGCACUAGUUAACCCUGGUCAGGGGUCCGUAUGUUUCCUUCCAGCAGGGGAGUUGAAGAAACGUUUGCUCCUAAUUCUCUUUGAUGACCGGGCGUCCCCACUCUGUGAUUGGAUGAACAUUUCCCAUCCCACCCACCUCCUCCCCCCCCCAAAUAAAAACAGCUCACAAGGGGAGAGCCAGUUUGGGGGAGGAAAUUUGACAAAUGGGAAUUACAGGAGUGCAGUUUAAAAAGGGGAAAGGCUGCCAUCACCUAAAUGGCAGCUUUUUCCCAGCUACUGUUUUCUGGGGCCAAGAUGGCCGCCCUCUCAACGAUGCUGAAAGGGCAAGACCAUGGCUUUUGGAGGGAGGUGAGCUCGAGGGAAGGACCAGGAGCAUCUGACCCUCCUAGCAUAUAGGAAGGGGGAGGUUUCUGACAGGCUCCUGAAUGUUAACCAUGGAGGAGUAUCACUCCUCCACUCCUCCUCUGUCUCUUUGCACUUUUCUUGGUCUUGGCCACAGUCCGAGUGAAGAGUUUCCUACUGAAUGUACCAAGUUCCAAUUUUUAAGGGGGAAAAAUGCUUAAAACGGGAAAAUGCAAAAAAAAAAAAUCACUAAAAAAUUCCCACAAAUCUUGUUUCUGGCACUUUAGAAAAACUGCGAAAAAAGAACAUAAUAAAAAAUACAUAUAUAUAUCUACACACAAAUUUUAUAUAUAUAUCUACACACACAUAUAUAUACACACCUACACACACACACACACACACACACACACACACAUACACACAGCGGAACCACAAGAGAGACAGAAAGGCCUUGGAGGCAGGGAGCAGAUGCUACCAUUGCUUCCCCUAGAUCCUUAACCUGCACUCCUCUGAGGCAAAAAGGCACAGGAAAUGGAAGGAGUUGAGGGUGGACCGGGCAAUUCGAAUUUCAGAACAGGUCAAAAUUCCAAAACUGUGGACAUUUUGGGAGAACUGAGAUUGUAGACAUUUUUUUUUUUUUUUAAAUGACGAUUUAGGAAAAUAGUUUCCAGAAUGUGGUCGUUCUGGGCAAUCAAUGAGAUUGUGGCAAAAUCGGAGAUUAAAAAUAUGUAUCUGAGCUGGGGAACCUGAAUAUUGUGAAUUUCAGAGGUUGGAAAUUUGGGAUUUUGCAAUCUCGUCUUUUGAAAGUCAUUGGGGUCUUGUCAGUUUGUGCCCUCUUUCCCCAUGCUCCCUGGGAAGAGGGGUGACGGAGGAAUGGGAAGGCCACUGGUUCUGUGCCACAGCACGCAAGGUUUAGAAUUCUACAGACUAUAGCUCUAUAUGUAGUGAGGACCCAGAUUUAGAGAAACUGACCAAUAUUUAUCUCCGCAUCUGUGUGUGUGUCCAACUCUCUAGGCCAAUAAACCAACAAGACAAACAAACUGUC